GACUUAUUGUCCUGUGAUCGAGACAGCGGAAAAGAGGGUGGGGGAAAAUUCGCAACGAGAUGCUGUGCAGAUGCUGCUGCUGAUCCUCCUGGUGCUACAUUGCGUUUGCUGCUGUUCAAACUGGCUGUUCUUCUUGUUCGGGACUGUUUCGCCCAAUCCUACUCGGAUGCAGGGCAAUCAUGUGUCGUGAUAAGUUCACUGCACAGGGAGGAGGAGGGCGAGAUUUCGGCAGUUAUUUUCUAAUCGCUGCAGGCUCAUCGGUUGGCUGUUGAUUGGACUGGUUUGGUCGAGUUGGUUGGUGGGUGGGUGGGAUGGUACCCUGUUCAAAGACCAUCAAGCUCGUCACAAACUCUGGGCCUGGCCCCGCAACGAUGUCUACUCCAACUGGCUUGAUGUGAUGCACAACCCAUGAAAAUUAUAAGGAGUUGGUCAUCCCCUCCCAUUUUCAAAGCAUGUCCCUGUCCAUUGCCAAGCGCGGUUGUGUGCAGGGAGGGCUUUAACACAUCCGCACCCAAGCACACACAAAGAGCCAUGCAAGCAACCCACGUCAGGGAGGUGAAGUGAAGUGAAGAAAGGCCCGGAUCAGCUUAAUAAACACCAUUGACAGAAGUUACAAAAUAGUCUCAACACCUGAUGCGCACUUCAAACGACGCAAGACACUUUGUCCAAAGUCCUGAGCUCCCUCGCCAAAGCUGGAAAGUUGGAAUCACUCUGAACUGAAGAGGAGAACGCCCUAGUAUUUAUAACUGCACCGUUGACCUCUGUUUAUAAAAUCAUGGCUUUUUGGCCUCGGAUGUCCUAAAUUUUCCAGAUUUCAGCGCGUCUUGAGGCGCACCUCGCCUGUUUUCAUCGCCAUGAUACUGAAGUCUUCUGGUUCAGAUACUCCUUUGACCCCAGAGCCGAGUCUGGUCCGGCCCAGUCAAGCAGUUGGCUGAUUUCGGUUGGCAGCAUGAUGCGGCGGAUCACUGGCUCAAGGAAGAGAAGCAGCAGUGCUCGAUGGCCUGCUCCUGCUCCUGCUGCAGCUGGUGCCGCUAUUGUCAAAACGUUCUGAAUAUAUAUCAACCCCGUGACUGACUGCACUUUUCCAGGCGGGGUUUAUGGCGGAGACCAGCUUCAGAAAAUGUGCUCAAUCAUAGGCGAGGUCGACAGCAAAAGGGAUGGCGAAAGGUGGAGACUCGGAGGACUCGGUUGACACACUGUUGUGUCAAAGGAACCUUCAGCACCACUUCUGCUGAAUCGGAUCCCCAAACUACAACCUCUCCCCUUCGUACAUGGCUGGCUGGCUGGCUGGCUGCAGUCAUGAAGACUGCCAUUCAACGACAUCCCCCAUUCAAAGCCGCUCUGCCAGGCCCUCCACGAGAUUCAGAAACCGGGAACCCCGACCAUAUGGAAAAGCUUGCCACAGUGGCUACACAAUCGAUCCAUAUCUUCCAUUCCUCCCUUAUCCGCAAAUCAUUUCGUCUCAGCGAAAACAUUUCAGGUUUCUUGGGCUGGAGAGUUCCUGCCCUUCCCGCUCGGCCAUGAACACAGCAGAGCCCGGGGGCUCAGAGGGCACGAGCCGGAAAUAAAUAAACAAUUAAAUGAUUACAGUAAACUGGGCGAGAGCCGAUUGUCGUGCUGACGUGAUGGCUCUGGGGCCCCGAGGCAUAGAUUCAGUUGAUCGCCCGCAGCGAUUCGAUGCAUGCG